AUGGACAUGGACGCCGCCACGGCUACAGGCAUGGACGCGGACACGGGUCUGGAUGUGGACACGGGCAUGGACGCGGACACGGGUCUGGAUGUGGACACGGGCUUGGAUGCGGACAUGAGCAUGGACGCGGACACGGGUCUGGAUGUGGACACGGGCUUGGAUGCGGACAUGAGCAUGGACGUGGAUACGGGCGUGGACGCGGACGCGACGGUGGGCGGCGCAGGCGUGGGCACGGACGCGACGGCGAGCGGCGUGGGCGUGGGCGCGGACGCGACGGCGGGCGGCGUAGGCGUGGGCGCGGACGCGACGGCGGGCGGCGUAGGCGACGAUGGGCAAGACGCUGCUGUCUACCCUGCGCCCGACGUGGUUCAUGACGAGGACGUUCCUGCACCGCCUCAACCGCCUCUUCACCAUCCUUGCGCUUGCUCAUUCUCACCCAUCUCUCUUCCGACGCCGCUUGGAGGUUUCCCUGCCGUGUACCGCUCCGAUCCUGAAUCCCUGACUCGCAACAUCGACGCUCGCCAGCUCGCAGAAUGGAAGAGUCGCAGUCAGCGCACCUCCGCGGGUAUCCAAGUCUAUGGCGUUCACUAUCCUACGCCUAACGUGGCCAAGCACACAACGGACGGCAUUCAAAAGGCACUCUCCGCGCUCACCAAGUGUACCACUGUGGAAGUCUCUGCGCCGAUCGCUGCGCAAGAUGAGAACGGGGACGACUUGCUACCCCGCCCUGCCACCUACUUCGCGUACAACCUCACGGAGGAAGCCGCAGCAAAAUUGAAGAAGCAACGAUGCUGGUCGAUGAACGCUAUCUCCUUCUUCGCGUACGACCUCGAUCCUGUCAUCCCAGAGUUUCUCUUCACGCUCCACGGUUUCACCGGACGCGAUCCAGAAGCUCUCAGUGAGACUGUCCGGAACACAUUGUUCUCUACGGAAUACCAUUCCUUCACCGCAUCCUUCGCCCUGAACGAUCCUCAACUCUGCGGACGCCCUCUCGACUCCGUGAUGGCGGCGCUCUCGCAGUCACUCAAGGUCCGCCCGUGCGGAUCAUCAGGCGUUAACGUCUACUGCACUUCGCCUACGACCCAACCGGACCUCUGGCGAUUGUGGAGGGACGUUCUGGGAUCCGCGAACUACACUCAUAUCUACUUCAGUACGGGUCGUCGCGCGCCAGAUCUGAUCUGCUCGGGCUGCCACGGUGCUGGUCAUGUUCGGAAGCACUGUCCGUUCGGCACUCUCCUGGGGUGGAACGGCGCGCGUAGCUUGUAG